AUGAGUGACGAACACAACAAAAAUUACCGGCCCAAGUCUCCCGAUCUGUCAGGCAUCAACCCACCGCCCAGACUCGCUCGAAUUCCAUCAUACCAUCCAGACCCAGCCCUUCCUCCAGGCUAUCCCGUCUCUGCACGAGGCUCCUACGACGCUUCACCUUUCUUCUCCCCACAAACUACCACACCAUCGACCUCCUAUUUUGGCGCUCGACCUCAGUCAUCUUUCUCGGGCUCUUAUUCACCCCAAACUUUUCGGACUCCGAGCACAGCAAAUCAGCCUUCUCCAGUAAUUCAUUCUCAAACCCUGCCACAACCGUACGAUAAUUCUCAACCCUUGUACUACGAUCAGUCGCAAAAUCAACCAUCAGCCGACCCAUCAUUCUUUGGCCAGCAGCCUUAUCAGCAACACUAUCAAGAGCCUUCUUACUAUCCUCAAGGCCCCACUCCACAGUACGUCGACAUGCCUCGAACUCGUCAAAGAAAGGCCGAGGACUUUGACCAGGACUACAAUCCAAAUGGUCUGGCAGCCGGCAUGCAACUCAAGACCGAGCCCGUCAACACCACUCAACCCGUUAUGCCUAUAGCCACGGCGGACCCUUCGCAUGGUAUCGAUGUAAGGACCAAAUUUCCUGUUGCACGCAUAAAACGCAUCAUGCAAGCGGAUGAAGAUGUCGGCAAAGUCGCCCAAGCAACACCUACAGCUGUUUCUAAAGCGCUCGAGCUGUUUAUGAUUACGCUUGUGAUGAAAGGGGCCUCAGAGGCAAGAGCCAACAGUUCUAAGCGGGUCACAGCCCAACACCUCAAAGCCGCCUUAAUGAAGGAUGGUCAAUUUGAUUUCUUGACCGAGAUCUGUGAAAGUGUUCCUGAUGAAGGGUCCAAGAAAGGUAGGGCCAAGUCUGAGGCCAAGAGUGAAGAGAGUGAUGAGGAUAUUGCACCUAAGAAAAAGGGCAAAGGUGGCAGGAAGAGGAAAGCCGAAAGUGACGACGAUACUGAAUGA